CCCCGCUGUCGCAUCGCAUCGCAUCGCAUUACAUCGCAGCUUCUCCUACGCCCAUCAACCAUCUUCAUAUUCUUCUUCUCUCUCUUUCAGCUACUCUUCAGUAACAUCCUCCGCCAUCAUGGCUUCUGGACACAAUGAUCCAAAGCUGCUCUACUCCGUCGCAGGCGUCAAGGCCUACCACCUCGCAAAUGGCACCGAGCAGUCUCUAACGCCGUCAGGGCCGCAGACCCUGUCGCUGCUGAUGGUGCCGACGUCUUCAGGCUUCGCAGACCCGGCAAGCACUGGAAGCGGCAAUGGAAACGGAGAGCAGGACUUCUACCUCCACCUGCAUCUGCCGCCUGAGCUCGAUCUUCCCAUGCCGGCCACGACCCAGAUCUACCACCAGCCUCCCAGCAGCUACCUGAUUCCGCGAUGGGAUCUCGGCCCCGGCAACGGCGCAUUCACCCGCCUCGAGUUCCCCGUCGUCGGCAGCAGACCCAACGUCCAAGAGGACGUCGAUACCUUUGAGACGAUUCUCGCGCAAUGUACCGCCUUCCUCGAACGAGCGCCGGCUCCAGCUCCGCCUCCGGAAAAGCGCAGGCCCUCCGAUGCCGCUAGAGCCAAGGCAAGAGAAGCUGGAAGAGACGACCCUCCCCCCUAUAACCCAGCCAGCUUUGACGAGGGCGAGGGAUAUGUCCGGGGCAGUCAUAGCUCUCACUUGCCCGGAAGGAUCGUCCUGAUAGAUGAGGAGGAUGGCAGCGUCAUGGGCGAGCUUAGCGGCGGCUUCAAUGUUGUCGAGGACGGUGGUGUUAAACCUGGAUCCAAAGAGCCCGUCGAGAUCAUUCUCCCUGCCGAUGGCAGCAACAACAUCUCUGUUCAACCCGCCUACGACUACAUCGAAGAUACUAUGCACCCUGCCUACAAGAAAUCGACCAUUGUCUCGGUAGGCACCAAAGCCUCGCGGCUGCUCAUCACAACAUCCGACUACGUCGCACAGGCAAUGCAGAGCCAGGCCGAAAACUUCACCAAGAGCACUAAGCCUGCUGCGAAUCCGAUGACGUUUGCCCCUACAACUCACGACCAUAUCCGUCGUAUAAACCAUUAUUCUACCAGAGUCGCCACUCUCUCGGCUCAAACUAUUGGCUCCAUCAAUAACUUUGCUCAAAACUUUGGCGCCGGCAUGUCAAAGCGCAAGGACGGAAAGGCGCGAGGCUACGAUCAAGAGGGCAACGUCAUUAAGACGUACAAGCCCGGAGUGUUGAACAAGAGUUUAAUGGCCUUCAACACCGUCGUCGAUGGCAUGGAACAUGCUGGCAAGGCUUUGCUAUCCGGCACAACAUCCAGCAUGUCCACAAUGGUUGGACACCGCUGGGGGCCUGAAGCAGGUGAGAUGUCUCGGAAUCUGGGCGGCGGCUUCAAAAACGUCGGGUUGGUGUACAUUGAUGUGACGGGAGUCUCGCGUCGCGCGAUUCUCAAGAGCGUCGCAAAGGGCAUGGUUGUCGGCAAGGUCAAGGGAGGAGGCCAAAUCAUUGUCGACGAUAACAACGGAACCGAUAACAUUGCGGUCGUCUCUGGAGCCAAUGGCAAAGGCAACAGCAACGGCAUACACGACACAUAUGGAGGCGGCGCAAAAAUUCCAGGGAGCAAAGAGGGCAACGGCAAUGGCAAUGGGAAGAAGGCGGCCUGGUGAUUGGUAUGUAAAAGAUUGUAUAUAAGAGACGAUUAGUCUGUAUUGGUGGCAGCGCCGCAGCUUGGAGAUACCACUUGUAUGAGAAACGACCCUGCCUUGGUGCAAUUUCCAAAUGAUAAUGAAAUCGAAAAUUA